UAUGAUUGCAGUUAACGUUAUUAUUUUUCUUGCAGUUUCCAGCACUUGCAACGGGGGACUCAAUAUUUAAAACUACUACAUCAUCGAUGGGUCUGGUGGGAGAAACAACCUGCUGGAACUUCUAUUUUGCUAGAGCCAUCCUUCGAACGAUGGGCCACUAAACUGUUUUCUACCUUUUACGAAGCAAUGAACGGUCUCAUUUUCACAGCCACUUGUCAGAGCAGCAUCUACACACAUACAGAAAAACAGAUAUGUUCAAUGCAAGAAACCAUGGAACAUAGGAUUUUGCGAAGCCGGAAGGCACUGAAACUGUCAGAUAGUGAAAGGCAAAUACUAAAAGCUAGCACCAGCAUGAAUUUUAACGAAAUCACAGAAAUGCCCAUCAAAGAUAAGCAUGCCGUAGGUAAAGCACCAGUAGCAAACAUACCACUGCUGCCUGAAUUCAUUUAUAGCAUACAUUCAGAACAUAAACUGGAGGUCUGUCCAAUAGAAAUCCCUCGAUUUUUAUAUAGUCUGGUCCCACGUGUCGUUAGUUCUGGAAGAAAGUAUUAUUGUGAAAGCCGUGAAGCAGCCUGGACUGCAAUCCGACAUGAGCAUUGUGAAUCUCUUGAUGGUUUUCGACUGGUUGACAAGGCCCUUAAGCUGUCGUAUCCCUCAACAUUUGGAUGGUCCAAUAUUGUUAUUCCAGACAAGCAAACUCUUGUGUCAGAUGCUGGAAAGUUAGCUGUGUUGGAUUCGUUACUAACUAGGUUGAAAGCUCAGGGACAUCGGGUAUUGAUUUAUUCCCAGAUGACGAAAAUGAUUGAUUUAUUGGAGGAGUAUAUGUGGCAUAGGAAACACCGAUAUAUGAGGCUCGAUGGUUCAAGUAAAAUAUCUGCACGAAGAGACAUGGUGGCAGAUUUCCAAAAUCGGGCGGAUAUUUUCGUCUUUUUACUUUCGACCAGAGCCGGUGGUCUUGGAAUUAAUCUGACGGCUGCUGACACGGUUAUUUUUUACGACUCGGAUUGGAAUCCAACUGUCGAUCAACAGGCAAUGGAUCGUGCUCAUCGUUUGGGUCAAACAAAACAGGUUACUGUUUAUCGUUUGAUCUGUAAAGGCACAAUUGAAGAACGAAUCUUGCAGAGAGCACGUGAAAAGAGUGAGAUUCAAAGAAUGGUAAUCAGUGGUGGAAACUUCAAACCAGAUACUUUAAAACCGAAAGAAGUUGUUUCUCUCCUACUGGAUGAUGAGGAGAUUGAGUUGAAAUACCGACAAAAAACUGAAGAAAGGAAGUCCGCGGCCGAAGAUCUAACGAAGAAUGAUAAGGAGAGAGAUAGAAAGCGAAAGCCGAAUGCCGCAUCAAGCAAGGUAAAUGGAGAACGAAAGAGCAUGUUGUAUUUUAUUUUUAUGUUGGUCUUUCUUGAAUACGCACAUAAAUAAUGCUUGACUAAUUAU